AUGCAAUUAGUGUUAAGACAUCCUCCGAUCGAGACUGUUAAGACAUCCUCCGAUCGAGACAACUUAUUCUCGCGUUUAUAUAAAACAGCGUUUGAUAUCAUAUUAUAUACACUAAUAUUGUCCACAAUAUUGGCAUUACUUCCGAGCCAUUUGUUUGUCAACUUUCCGUUGGAACCGAAGAGUCAUGUGUUGAAUAUUCCGGACAAAGUGGACAAUUGGAACAAUUUGUUGGUCGAAAAAAGUGAAUUCUUGCUCAACGGUGUGAUCGUCGGACCCGAAUCUCUGGCCAAUAAAGACGACUUCAUAUAUACCGGUCUCGCAGACGGACGACUCGUUGAGAUUAAUAAGAAGACCCUUAAGACCAGAGAUAUCGCACGUUUUGGGACUAAACUUUUAUGCGGAAAGGAAGACAUGGCUGACUGCGGACGAGUUCUUGGGGUUCGGUUUCAUAGAGACAACUACUUGUAUGCAGUCGAUUACGUGAACGGAUUGUUUCGCGUGAAUGUGACCACUGGUGCCAAAGAGUUGAUUGACUUCAAGAAUCCUGAAAUUAACGGCUUUUAUGACGAUUUGGCUUUUGAUCCCAAACUGAAUAUAGUUUACGUAUCGAUUAUGACCGCCAAAUGGCAAUUAAAUCAAGUUAUAUAUGGAUUAUUAGAUUCUGAUGAAACGGGUUAUGUGUUUGCCUAUAAUUUGGACACUAAGAGAAGCACUAUAUUAAGGACUGGACUUAAAUUUGUAAAUGGACUUCAAAUAAGUGCUGACAAUAAAUACCUUUUAGCCGCCGAAACGUUAGGCUUUAAAAUUUCAAAGAUUUCGCUGCAAACUAUACACAAAGCAAUCAAAGCUAAUAGAAAACUAACUGAUAAUGAAUGGGAGACUUUUGCGACACUUCCCGGAGAACCCGAUAACAUAAGACUCGACCCAAACGGCGAUAUAACGGUCGGAAUGUUUGCGGUCAGACAUAACGGGAAAGUGACGUUUGACUAUCUGAGCACUUGGCCGCUGAUCCGCAAAGCCAUCGGUCGGACCGCAUAUGUGCUAUCGCUGGCCAUCAGUGCCAUCAAUGAUAACACUAUUGGCAGCAAUAGUUUAAAAAGCAUUGCAUUUGAGUUAUACACCGGACAAACACUGGGCAAGUAUUUGCCGACAACGGGAUCAGCCAUCAGACUGGACGGAAAGACGGGUCAAAUCAAACAGAUCUUAGGCUCAGAUAAAUUCAAUGGCGUGACUGAAGUGCUCAUCGAUGAAGAGGGAGACCUUUACUUCGGCUCAUUUCACAGCCCAUUCUUAGGACGACUCAAAAAAGGAAACUUUUAG